CAGGCCCUCAUUGUUUGCGCCUACAGCAUCGCUUCUCCAAACAUAACCACCCACUCUACACCACCAAGAUGAAGCUAUUUUACAUUGGAAUCUUUAAGAAUGCCGAGAAGCCAGCGCAUGAGUUGGUUUCCGCAAAAGAUACCAGUUCCUUUAGCUUCUGGGAGAGGUCGACGGUGAGCGAGUUCAUGACUUUCUUCAGCAAGACAGUCGCCGAAAGUAAAGAUGCUGCGCCUGGAAAACGCCAGGAGAUCUACGAAGGGCCAUACAAGUUCCACAGUCUUGGGCACAACACCGGGAUUGUGGGCAUAAUCAUGUCAGACCACGAAUAUCCGCUAUUAGUUGCACAGUCGCUGCUCAACAAGGUCCUCGACGAAUUUACUGCCAAGUACCCGCGGUCGACCUGGUCCAACUCGAACCCCACACUUGAAUUCCCGGACUUAACAUCAUACCUGGCGAAGUACCAAGAUCCUCAACAGGCGGAUAACAUCAUGAAGAUCCAGAAGGAGCUGGAUGAGACAAAGGUCAUUCUGCACAAGACGAUCGAGAGCGUGCUGGAGCGUGGCGAGAAGAUAGAUGAUUUGGUAGCGAAGAGCCAGGGUUUGAGCGACACGAGCAGGAUGUUCUAUACCAAGGCGAAGCAACAGAACUCGUGCUGUGUAUUGAUGUAAAUACGAGGGGUUGGCUUGGAUCUCAUUUGGCGUUUCAUUCCCUAUUAAUACCUACCUACUGGUUGUCUAUCAGCUGCGCUAUAGCUAUCAGUAAUGCAUAAGACUCUGAUAUACCGUUGCCCUGUUCAAGCUGCAUAAUUGCCCCAAUAUGGCAAUUCAGAUUUGCUGUAACAGUGCUACAUUUUGGAGCAGCCCCAUAAUAUUUGCCUUAAUAGGAAAGAAGACCCCUGGUAGGCUUGGCAUCAUAAUUGCCUACCUACUCUAAUAGGUAUUAUAGUUCUUACCUACUACGGUAUAACAGCCCCAUUUGCGUGUAAGAAUUCGUUUUUAUUACUAUAUACAGUUAUCCCUAAUUCUGAGCGAUAUUUUUACUAUCUUCUUCUUUACUACGAGCAGACAGGGUUCCUGUGCUGCUAGAUUUAGAACAGAG